AUGCGAUAUCUGCGUGCCAAGGGCAUCCGCAAGGCGCUACGUCAAUUCCACUUCCUAUGCGGUCUCAAAGCGCCGUACAAAGUGCUGCUGGAUGGCAACUUCAUCGCCAUGUGCACCCAAAUGAAGGUCGACGUCCGCGACCGCGUGCCCAAAUAUCUGCAGGUGAAGCCACACGAGUGCGAGUUUUACGUGCCCCGCGCGGCGCUAGAAGAGCUGCGGCUGCUGAAAGAGGUCACGAGAGAAGCGUAUGAACUGGCUCAGAGCUUCGAAGUCGCAGAGGUCAACGACCAAGCAAACGACGGGACGGAGGGACCUGUGGACGUAUCGAAGGCCAUUCAGAGUAUCAUUGGCGAUCGAAACAACCACAAGUUUGUCGUGUGUACGCAGGAGGUCGAGCUUCGCAAGGCGCUGCGACUGGUGCCGGGUGUGCCGCUCAUGUACUUGAACCGCUCGGUGUUAGUGUUCGAAGAGAUCUCGCACGCUACGUUGGCGAUCGUGCGCCAGGAGGAGAAGGCCAGUAUGGCCAAGCUCGACGUGAACGAGAAGAGAAAGCUGGAAGCAAUGCAGGAGGAAGAACGUAGUAGCAGUAGUGGUGCUGGUGCUGGUGAUGACCACGCAGACAAACAGCGGCUACAGAAGAAGAGAGCCAAGGGGCCCAACCCACUGUCGAUCAAGAAAUCCGCUCAUAAGAAGGUCCGCUCUAGGAAGAAAAAAAACUAA